UGCCUCUGGGCAUCGUCAUGGACAAAUAUGGCCCCCGGAAGCUGCGGCUGCUGGGCAGCGCCUCUUUCGCCGUAUCUUGUGUGAUGAUUGCUUAUGGUGCCAGCAACCCUGACUCUCUGUCCGUGCUGAUCUUCUUCGCGCUGGCGCUGAAUGGCUUUGGGGGGAUGUGCAUGACCUUUACGUCGCUCACGCUGCCCAACAUGUUCGGCGACCUUCGCUCCACCUUCAUCGCUCUCAUGAUUGGCUCUUACGCUUCUUCGGCGGUUACUUUCCCCGGAAUCAAGGUGAUCUAUGACUUUGGGGUCUCCUUCAUCCUCAUCCUGCUGGUCUGGGCCUGCUGUGCGGGUCUGGUCUUCUUCAACUGCUUCUUCAACUGGCCGCUUGAGCCGUUCCCAGGCCCGGAAGACAUGGACUACACGGUGAAGAUUAAGUUCAGCUGGCUGGGGUUUGACCACAAGAUCACCGGGAAGCAGUUCUACAAGCAAGUGACGACCGUGGGCCGCCGCCUCAGCGUGGGGGGCUCGAUGAAGAACCACAAGGAGAUGGCGGCCCAGCAGGACGGCAACAAGCUCUGCCUCUCGACGGUGGACCUGGAAGUGAAGUGCCAGCCGGACAUGGCAGCCUCCCCCUCUUUUAUGCAGAGCGUCUUCAGCCCCAUCCUGCUACUCAGCCUGAUCACCAUGUGCAUGACCCAGCUGCGGCUCAUCUUCUACAUGGGAGCCAUGAACAACAUCCUGCACUUCAUGGUGGAUGGUGAUUUGGGGACAGUCAAUCUCUACACUUCCAUCUUCGGAGUCCUGCAACUGCUUUGCCUGGUGACGGCUCCCGUGAUAGGCUACAUCAUGGACUGGAAGCUGAAAGAGUGCACGGACGGCUCAGAAGAGGCAGAGGAGAAGGAUGCGAGUCCGGGCGACCAGAAGAAGCAGCCUCGAGACCGGCAGAUCCAGAAGGUGGUCAACGCCACAAGGGCCUUUGCGUUCACCAACGUGUUGCUGGUGGCGUUCGGGGUCACCUGCCUGAUCCCCAACCUACCUUUACAAAUCCUUUCCUUCAUCCUGCACACGGUCGUCAGAGGAUUCAUCCAUUCGGCCAUGGGCGGCCUCUACGCAGCUGUGUAUCCCUCGACGCAGUUCGGCAGCUUGACGGGGCUGCAGUCUCUAGUGAGCGCCCUCUUUGCUCUUCUCCAGCAGCCCCUGUUCCUGAUGAUGAUGGGACCCCUGAAAGGAGACCCGCUCUGGGUCAACGUGGGCCUGCUGGGCCUGAGCAUGCUCGGCUUCUGCCUGCCGCUCUACUUGAUCUGCUACCGCCGGCGGCUGGAACGGGAGAAGCGGCAGCAGGUGGACGAUGCCAAACUCUUCCUGAAGAGCAACUCGGAGGCCUUUGUGUAGGGGGCUGCCUUCCGGUCUUCCCCGGCCCUCGCCGCCCGUCUCGUCUCCGACACUCCACCGCCUGCCCACCUCUCCUCUGAACCGCAUGGCUCACGCUGUCCUUUGUAAAAGCCACCAAGGCGGGGUGGGGUUGGGGCCGCCGAUGCCUCCAGCUUUCUUUUCCCGGCAUCCGGUGGAAGCCCCUGGGGCGGGAGUGGCAGCAGGCACUGGAGGGGGGCGGGUUGCCCUGUUGGCGCUUUGCCCUCGCCAAAUGCCCUCUCCCUUCUCACCAAGGUACUUGACUGCAGGGGGGGCCUUGUGUCGCCUUUGCUCUUUCCCCCCUGCCACCCCCCAUGCCCCGGAGCCUGGCUUCUAGCUGGGUAGGGGGCAGAUUCUGUCCUUUCUCCGCCUCCCCCCACCUGCUGGGUCUUCUAGAGGCCUGGAAAGGCUGCUCCUCCCCACGGUCUGCAUGACCCUUCCUUUCAGCUCAGCGUUAAAGCCGAUCCAGGAUGGAGGGCGAGGAGCCUCCAGCGUCCUAAGGCAAGGAGGAGAACGUCUGAGCUUCCCCCUGUGCCAAAAGCCAAGCCCUCCCCCUUCCCCCUAUCUGCUGCCUGAAGGGGACUCUUCCCCGUGCCUCUGACUGGUGCACCCUUUCCUUGUUCGGGCCCAGAGCGACAAUGUGGGGAUUGCUGGGGAAGGGAGUUGCCUCCCCUUCCCCGUUUCCCAGGUGCCGAUUUCUGUAGCAUUGAGAAAACAUAACUUGCCAUGCAUGUUUGACCGGAUGGAUUUUAAACUAGAAGAGAGAAGGGGGGGAUGGGACGGUGAAAGAGACCCGCGUUUGGAAACCCUGGCUGGACUGGUCCGUGUCGAACUGACGGUGGCGGCGCCCAAGGUCACCCUGCUGGGCUGGGCUCUUCCAAAGCAACUGUGGCUGGGCGUAGAACUGGCACUGACUGGAGACUCGCCGGGGGGGGCAAUGCUGCCGCCGCCGCUGCUACUUCCUAGGCCACAUGGACACGUUUCUCUGCACAGAGUGGCUGGAGAACCAGCUUCGAAAA